AUGUCAGCAAAGAUAUCUGUCUGGAUCCCUCUCCUCCUGCUGGUUGUUUUUUAUCCAAACACCAGCUUGGCCAUUUGGUUUCCCUGGUACUUCCACCGAUAUGGAUUACAGCCGCACUCCAUGCGCCACGGAACACAAGGGGCUACUUGUCCACCGGGAUACGAGCCAAAGUCUAAUCCGGUUCGUCAAAUCGACGCCCCGUCUGGCAGUCGAGCAAAAUCGGGAGUAACGAAUGCCCCUCCAAGACUUUGCGAUGAUAACCCGAUAUUGAUGCAACUAGCCAGACUGUAUGUGGUGAGUCCGGAGAGGAUUGUUCUACUAUUGUCGCAGACGUCGCUCACGGAUUCUUGGCACGCCGAAAUACACGAUGUGCUGGAAAACAUAAAGAAUUCGAUGCGCCUAUGCGUCCUGGCGCCAGACAACAUAUACGGAAAUCUGGCCAACGGAUUGAGUUACUUCCGAAAGGAAGUCUGCGAUGGCGGGGAGGGUAGCAACCGGAAGCGUUCCACCGGACUACAGCAGGCGCACACCUGCUUCAAGGAACUGCGCACUGACAUGAUCGAGUGUGAGGCUCCGGCGGACUGGUACGAGCGCCGAAACAAGACCAAGGUGUGCCAGAUCUUCAACGAUGUCCUCGACUGCUACUACACUAGGGCGGCCCUGCUCUGCGGCAUCGAUUCCGCCAAGGAGCUGAGGUCCUUUGCCGGUGACUGCAUGAGCAGAUCCAUGAUCCAUAAGUGCGAUGUGUCAAGUCGACUUCCCAGAGUGGAUAAUGCUAUGCCAUCGCCUAAUGGAAAUGACAAA